AAUACAGGUCAGUGAAUGAUAAUGUAAUAUUUUAGUUACAAUACGUUGCCUUUGUAACAGCAAAGAUGAACGUCAACUUCGUAGAUUAUUUCGCCAAUGAGCAUAAUGGAUACGACAUACUAUAUCAAAACAUGAAAUACGGACUGAUAGCUAGUAAAGAACUCUCAGAGUAUUUUAGAGAGAGAUCGAAUAUUGAGGAGACAAACUCAAAGCUACUUGCAAAAUUAGCCAAACAAGCGAAUAGCAACUGUGCGCAAGGCACUUUUGCGCCGUUCUGGACUGUGCUGAAGUGUUCCGCUGAGAAACUGUCUAACUUGCACCAGCAUAUGUUCCAAAAAGUCAGCGAGCUGGUGAAAGAUGUUGCCAGAUAUGCAGAUGAGCUCCACAAGAAACAUAAAGCGGUCAAAGAUUCUGAGUCUAGUACACUAGAGGUUGUUUUGCUCAUACAAAACACAAAACAAGCAUUGCAAAAAGCCAAAGAUGUUUACACAUCAAAAUCAGCUGAGCUGGAAAAGUUAAGGAAAGACAAUGCUUCAGCUAAGGAUAUUGAAAAGGCAGAGGUAAAAAUAAAAAAGUUACAUGAGGAUUACAGGCAGUUGGCAGAGAAAUAUAACUUAGUGAAACAGGACUUUGAAAAGAAAAUGACACAGACGUGUAAACAUUUUCAAGAUGUUGAAGAGGCUCACUUAAAACAGAUGAAACAGUUUGUGAAUUCAUAUGCAGACAUCAUACAAAAUAACCAAGAUUUGAUGGGACAAGUACAUAGAGAUUUCAAGCAUCAGUGCCUUGAACUUACGGUUGAGAAACUACUGGAGCAAUUUCUUGUUGACAAGUACAAUACCUUAGAAAAGGGCAAUUUAGUUGAGCUGCCACCUACUUUACCAAAGCCGGGAUCAGCUAACAAUUCAAUAUCAGAAGCUGAUCAAAUAUCUACAGUAUCUAAUGGGUCCCAUAAACCUGCCCAACCCCCUAAAGUUGCAAAGAAGGAGCCCUCUUUUGCAACAAAGACCUCCAGAAGAACUACCUCUUUAUUAAAUUUGUUUACACCAAACUUUCAAAGUAAGGAUGAGCCCAGUGUCAGUGCAGAAGGCCCUGCACCAUGCUCGGCACCCUCAAGUCCAAGUGGGACUCCGGCAACUCCGGUUGCCCAGGACAAAGACGACAUAAACAGAACACAGACACUCAGAGAGUCUAAAUGGUUUUUGAGAAGUAGAAGAAACAAGGCUAAGCCCAAAAAAUCUAAAGGUAAGAAAAAAGACGAGAUAUCAGAAAAUUCAGUUACAUGUGAUAAAUCCGAUUUGGAAGAGAAAGAAGAGGAACCUCCUCCAAAAGAGGACCUGAUGAAUUCACCAGAGGUUGAUGAGGAGGGCUUCUGUAUUAGACCAAAGGAUGAGAAGUGCAGUGUUUACUCCUCAUCAGAUUCCGACUCAGAGGAGGAAAGAGAACAAGGUAAAAUUCAUGUGGAAAUAAAACCAAUAACAAAUGGCAAUGCACCUAUGUCUGCUAGUUUGGACGAACUGAGGGCAACUGUGGAGAAUAUUUCUCUGUACAAAAUAAACACAACCCGGAGGGGCUCCAAUGCUAAUGCGAGUAAAGCCAGCAGUGACUUGUUAGAUUUGAAUUUCUUUCAGAGCCCUUCUGUGAGCAACCCGACGUCGCCUCAUACCAAUGUGUCUAAUCCUUACGCGCCCUUGCAAGGAAACGCGUCUCAUCUCCUUGAAAGCCCAACUCCUGUUUCAACGGCUGAUGUUGGUGACCUCUUCUCUGAGGUUGGAGAGAUGAAUCAGUCCAAUUUCCGUACGUCGACACCGACUAUAUCUACAAUAUCUUUACCUCGUCCUCCUUCUAGACGUUCAGAGGGCGAUUUUCGAACAGCAUGUUCCUCUGGUUCCCGAGGUCCCUCUCCUUUAACAAUCGGCAUGGCUGACACAAUACCAUUGGCAGUCGCUUUCCAUGAAAUAAUACACUCCUACUUUAGAGGAACUGAGGAGUCUAGGUGUCAAGUGAAAAUGUCUGGAGAUAUGAUGCUCUCUUUUCCAACUGGCAUUGUAGGUGUUUUGGCUAACAACCCUAACCCUGCAAAACUUUGCUUUAGGCUGAAGAAUAUACACAGACUCGACAAUGUUUUGCCAAAUAAGCAGCUCAUAAGCAUCAACCUUAUGAUGUCUACAAGGGACACGACUGUCGUCGAAUUCAACAUGCCAGCUUUAACAGCUUUACUGAGGAAGCAGUCCGAAAAGAAUCCAACGGCACAAUACUUCAAUGUGGAUAUUCUGAAGUAUCAGAUCAGACCGAAGUCGGGGGCCGCGUCUUGCCCGCUACAAAUGGUUUCCUAUUGGAAAUGCGAAAGAGACCAUACAGAUCUGAAAGUGGACUACAAGUACAACCUUCACGCUAUGAGUCCGCCGUCGCCGCUGUUGAACGUGUCAGUUUGUGUUCCUAUGAACGGUACAGUCAAGAAUGUUAUUGCUAUGCCCAAAAACAGCUGGAACAGCGAGAUCGAGCAGGCGCUGUGGCGUUUCACUGAGUUGUCUCAGCAUUCAGAUGACCGGGGUGUGGGGUCACUCAAGGCUCGUUUUGAGUUGACGAACGGGCCUUCCACUAAGAAAACCAUAUCCGCUCAGUUCAACUGCGAGGGCGCGACCUUGUCCGGUAUAGAGUUUGAACUUAUUGGUAGCGGAUAUCGUCUGUCGUUGGUAAAGAGACGUUUCGUCUCCGGCAAGUAUAUUUGCGAUAGUGAUUUGUAAUUAUCGGUCCAACGUCUACUGAUUUUGUUCUUGUGUAUAUAAGUAUGCGAGGCAUAGUUUUGGAUUGAAUAUUUUAAUGUAUUGUAAAUGAUUUGUGGUACCUUGCGGGACUGUUUCCUGUCCGACUUAUGAGAUUUAAUUCGUGGUGUUUGUCAAUUUGGAUUAAAACUGUUCAUUUUAACUUCCUAUAGCUUAUUAACAGCCUUUUGUAUUGAUGUAGGUUUGUGUAUUCACUGGUGUACUAAUAAUUUUCUCGUAUAUGAGACGUGCCAUUAUACACAACAAUAGAUUUACUUUAUGAAGUUAAUUUUACACCUUAUACAUAUUAUGAUUUUUAAAACACUAAUGUAACAAAUUUUUGAAUUUACAUCACAAGCUUAACUAAAAUUAGUUGGUUAAAAUGUUUCUUUCCGAUAAUGAUGUUGUGUUUAUUGAAAUUAAUUCUUGAUUCUUGACAAUGACAUUUUAAUUGCUUGAUAAGUUAUCUACCUCUAAGGUCAAUAGUGUUAGAGUUCACAAUACAUCUGUAGCCACAAUGAAAAUGUGCAAUUGUGCAUCCUUAUCACAUUAAUUUUAUUUCAUUGAUAAUAAUAAUCUAUGUUAACAUUUUAAUAUAAUGAUAAUGCAUAAUUUAACAUCUACUUCAUAAUAUAGAGUUCAAGUAACAUAAUGCAAUGAAUUUAAAAAAUGUAUUGUAGUUGUUCGACACUAUCGAAUAGUGUUUUAUUUUUGUUUUGUGGUUUUCGAAUCUCGCUUUUUGUUUUCUAUUAAACUUAUGUUAAUGUCAUGUGUUUUACCACCGUCACGUUUUUCGAUUACUAUGUAUAGGUAGAUGUAGUAAUUAUUCCUACUUAUAAAGAUAUUUAUAUAAUGCAGUGCGUAAAUAUUCAAGGUUUGCAGUAUUUUGUCAUGGGAACAUAUCCAAUGUGCCAAAGACUAGCAAACUUUUUUUUUCGCUGUGUAAAUAUUUUUAUAAGUAAGGGGUAAAUGUUUAUUUUAUAUUUAUUUACUCAAAUGUAAUCUCAUACGUUCAUUCUUGUAUACUUGUAUAUGCUCGGCCUAAUAGUUACUCAACUUUACCAAAAGUGAAGUGUUCAUGUUAAAACUCUAGUACAACACGACCAUUCCAUUAAUGUUUUUAAGUUUUAUUUAUGCCGAUUGCCAGUUAUGUAAUACCCUAAUGUAAUCGCACUCGAUAGCCGAAGGUGCAUAUUUUUGUAUCGCAAAAUUUGCAGCAUGUAUAAUUCUGAUGUAUGUAAAUUUACGAUAUGCAAUAAACUGUAAUGUUACUAAUUUUCAA